AUGCGCUUCGCCAUUUUUGCUCUACUUUUGACUUUCUCUGGUCUUUUGGCGUCUGCCGCUCCCCUCCCUAGGCCUGCCACGCCAAAAGGGAUCCACGAGGCAGCCCUGCGAGAGCACCAAGAAAAGGCAGCCUUUCAUCAUGCCGAAGCAGUCGACAACCGAAACAGUGCACAAGCACAUCUGACUAAACUUGAAGAGGCAAAAAAGAGUGGUGACCAGCGCAAGAUUGUGUUCCAUCAGAGUCGACACGAUGCCCAUGUGCAACAGGAGAGAUUCCAUCUCGAUGAACAUGCUAGGCACCAAGCCGCUGCCACUUACCAUGCUCAGCAGCUUGCGCACCUGAAAUUUCGGAGCAUAGACGAAUUGGAUUAG